AUUUUCCAUCUCUUCUCGUUUCACAUACAUAUGAGCUCUUGAUUACCCACCAAAGACACAACGCGAAGGAACAAUAUUCUAUACGAUCACGUAACACCAGCCGUAGGGUAACAAGACUCGUUUUGGUGGCCGUGACCAGGAUUACGUAAUCAUUACAAGAACUGUGAUGGACACAAAAUUACGUAAUUAACAAACAGUUUCAUUAGUGUCAGUGAUUCGGGAGGAAUAUUGGACUAAUUACAGACCAUCUUCACGUCAUCAUUAUGAUUAUUCAGAUAUAUAUUGCACUUUUGCUUGCCAUAUUUCCCGAAGCCAAUACUAUCACGUUAAGAGAUAACGUGGUGUUUAUGAAAAGUAAUCAGGUUACUUUCACCCGUAGUGCAUGGAAAUUAGCACUCACUCUAGACUUAGAUCCCUAUGACCAAUUUAUCACUAACAUUUCUGAAGAUGCUGAUAAGAUCGAAAGAACUAUUAGGCAAACCAUAUUAAAAUAUGACGCUAUUAAGACAAAUCCGAACUUCGUGCUUACACUAAAAAGUUUAGAACAGGAACUGAGUCGACUUAAGUACACUUAUUUAAAAUUGCGCUCUAAAUUCAAUAACAACAAAUUCAUUAGGAAUAAGCGAUCAUUGCUUCCAUUUAUUGGCUCAUUAUUUCACGGAUUAUUUGGCGUGAGUACGGAUGAUCAAAUAAAUGCUGUUAGGCGAAAUGUUGCAAAACUGGCAGGAACUCAAGAAACAAUUCUGCAUGUACUCGAUGAAAGUUUAACAGUACUCAAUGUUACGAAACAAGGUGUGUCUGAAAAUCGUGAAACAAUUAAUCAAAUCCUUACAUCCAUGGAACAGUUACACACAGAUUUGUCUAAUUUCGAAGAAAAUAUUCACAAAGAAUUAGUUAAAUUCACAGAAUUUGUACAAACAUACCUUCAACUAUCAAACCUGAUUCAAAACUUCAAGGAACUAAUUUCACGUGGCCUUAGCUUGUAUGAACACCUUGAAAUACAGUUAGAUGCCGUUCCACUGUCUCAUCUCGCACCAGCAAUUAUUGAGCCAGUUUCUCUCGCAUCAAUACUAUCUGAAAUUCGAUCUAAUUUACCGCCAAUGUUACAACUACCGUAUGAUGAAAACACUCAACUGUGGUAUUAUUACCAAAACAUGCUCUGUACUGGAAUGUUAGUGGCCAACAAAAUAAUUAUUAUUUUGCAUGUCCCUGUACUUGAACAGUAUGAGCGGUUUAACAUAUAUAAAGUGAUAAACAUGCCCAUCGCAAUACAAAGUAACAGCUCUCAAACACCAAACACACAAACACUACUUGCAAAAUACCAACUUGAGGGCACAGGAAUUGCAUUUAAUACAGAUAUGACACGAUAUGCCGUUCUGACUAACAGUGAACUGGCCAGCUGCUCAAAUAAGGCCCUAGGUUAUUGCGAGGUAAAGUCCGCCUGUACUCCAUACAAAUAUCAAAACAAUGUACUUAAGGGUUGGCUUCGCCGAAAUUCUGGAAGUAAAGGCAAUAAUAAAUCUGACUACAUGGUUGCUUGGAAGAAAGCGGAUGCUGCCGACCCCUCGGCUAAGGAAAAUAUCCUGAUCUACAAUCCAAAGUCGAUUGAGGCUUCCGCUCCAACAGUUGGAAAUGAUUACGUCAAAUUGUACCCAGACGUAGAAGAGAAAUAA